AUGCCCAGCCUUUCGCCCCCUUCCCCGACCCAACGCGGCCGGCUCGUCUCGAAAGAAGCCGUCAACUCCUCCCUCAAAACCCUAUGGGCUGUGUCCCACACAUUUCUCUAUGGCUUUGCGAUCACAAGUCUCAACGGCAUUCAAGACUCUGUUAUGUGCCGCAGACGACCAGCAGCUGCGUUCGAUGAAGAACUCGGCCUCUCGAGCUGCCUUGCGAUGACGUCAUCACAAUUCGGACUAGUAGUCUCUGUGUUUACACUGGGAGGACUGGCGGGGUCCCUGGUAUUCCAUGCAAUAAGCCAGAAGUUUGGGAAAACGGGAUCUCUGAGGGUCUCUGCACUGUCAGUCUUGAUUGGCUCCGCUGUAGUCGGUCUGGCUGGUAACGCCCUUGUGAUGGGGCUCGGAAGGAUCCUGGUCGGUUUUGGAUCCGGUAUAUCUACCGCUUGUAUCCCGCUUUUCUUGGCAGAGAUUGCCCCACCAGCCAUAAAGCAAUCUUUGGGGAUCAUGAACCAGCUUUCAAUCGUAGCGGGAAUGUGUUUCGCGCAAUCGCUGUCGUUUCCCUUUUCUGAACCAGGCUCGUGGCGGCUUGUGUUUGUUUCCCCGGUCGUCAUUGCUCUGGCCCAGCUAUGUGGCAGCCUUUUGGUUAUGGACAAGGACGACUUGUCGGAAAGCACCGUCGACGAAGAAGAGGGGCUCGGCUCUCAAUCAGAGGAGAAUCUUAGUCUAAGAGAGCUUAUACUUUCACGAGACGAGGACGUGGUGCGAAGCUUCCAUGUGGUAGUGGCUAGCCAGAUGUCACAACAAAUUUGCGGUGUCGCCCCAGUCAUGUACUUUUCAACUCGCAUUUUGUCUCCUGUAUUUCAAGGUAAAGCCAAGCUUUUAGCCCUAUUUGUCGUCCUCAUCAAGCUUCCUAUAACCAUGAUACCUGCAUUUCUCAUCCAAAAACUUGGUAGCCGGAAGCUGUUGGUCUACCCUACCAGCAUGAUGUGCAUAGCGGCACUCUGUCUGGCCCUAGGUAUAAAUACGGACGCAUCAGCACUCUCCAUUGUCGCUAUCGUGCUCUUUGUUGUCAGUUUCUCAGUCGGUCUUGGGCCAGUGACUUGGGUUGUUCUACCAGAAGUCAUGCCACACCGGGCUGUCACCGCGGCUGGAAGUGUAGGUCUAGGUCUCAAUUGGUUGUGUAAUUUUGGUAUGGGCAGUAUUUUCCUUCCCCUUCAAGAAAGAUUGAGCAAGGGCGGGACACAAGAAGGAAACAUAUUCUAUGUUCUUGCCGCCACUUGUCUCGUCUCUACCAUAAGCAUGGCUAUCGCUUUUAGAAGACGUGAUAGAAUUUUGCUACAAUGA